GAACUGGUGACCGUGAGUGUCUCUCUGCCUCUUUCGUCUCUGCAAAUGUCUUUGAGCGAUCUACGAAGUAGUUUUAAAAUGGACGUCUCCUUUGUUCUCUUCAGAUAGUUUUCAUCUCUAUUCACACUUGCUCCAAAAAUCAUAGCUGAGUGUUCGUCUUUAAUGGCGAAUUUAAAUCCAAAACGAGGAACCUUUGGAUUCUUGAUAUGGCUUGUAUUGUUCACGGCUUAUACGAGUACCGCUGUUUUCGCCCGGUCCGAUAAGGAGACCAGGGAAAGGUUCUAUGGGAAUCUUUCGCUUAAUGCCUCGACUCCUGAUUCCGGCGAGGGUAGCAUUGCGAAGAUCUUCGACCGGGUGCUUGAGAAGGAAUUCUCGGAUAAUGAUCAACCUCAAGGAUCGGAUGAAAACAGCUUCAACAAUACAGUAGCAGAGCAACAAGGUGUGUUGGAGACCGUAGCUAAAAUCACACAUGAGAAGUCCAAGAGAAACGAGACACAUGAGGCAAAUGGAAGUAGAGCAUUUCAGUUUCAAGAUGUCUUCUCCCUUGAAAAUGAAGGUUCUGAUGAUAUGACAACCUUGAUAGACAAAAAGGACAAUGUAUUUGUGAUGUCAAAUAAGAAAUCGAAGUAUCCUGUACUUCAAGUAGAUCUAAGGUUAAUUUCAGACUUGGUAGUUGUGAUUGUUUCUGCCGCAAUUGGUGGCAUUUUCUUUUCUUGUUUGGGUCAACCGGUUAUUGUCGGUUAUCUGCUAGCGGGUUCUCUUAUUGGCCCUGGGGGGUUGAAUUUUAUCAGUGAAACAGUACAGGUUGAGACUUUUGCGCAAUUUGGUGUAGUCUUUCUUCUUUUUGCUUUGGGCCUUGAGUUUUCCCUGACAAAGUUAAAGGUUGUGGGACCUGUUGCUGUUCUCGGUGGGCUACUUCAAAUUAUUAUAUUUAUGUGCUUAUGUGGCAUAAUUUCCAUGCUAUGUGGUGCAAAAUUGUCAGAGGGUGUAUUUGUCGGCUUCUUCUUGUCAAUGUCAUCAACUGCAGUUGUCAUAAAGUUUCUGGUGGAGAAAAAUGGCAACAAUGCUCUUCAUGGUCAAGUCACAAUUGGAACUCUUAUUUUUCAGGAUUGUGCUGUCGGCUUACUGUUUGCCCUUCUCCCUGUUUUGGGUGGAAAUAGUGGCCUUCUGCAUGGGAUGAUUUCAAUGGCAAAACUAUUGCUGGUGCUGUCCAUAUUCCUUAUUGCUGCAUCUAUAUUAUCUUGGUCCUUUGUUCCUCGCUUCUUGAAGCUAAUGAUACGACUGUCUUCACAGACCAAUGAACUUUAUCAGCUUGCUGCUGUAGCAUUCUGUUUAUUUUCUGCUUGGUGCAGUGAUAAGCUGGGCUUAAGUCUUGAAUUGGGUUCAUUUGUUGCUGGAGUUCUGAUAUCAACCACUGACUUUGCACAGCAUACAUUAGACCAGGUGGAACCAAUUCGAAACCUCUUUUCAGCUCUGUUCCUUUCUAGUAUUGGAAUGCUCAUACAUGUACAGUUUUUAUGGAGCCACGUGGAUAUAUUGCUUGCAUCUGUCAUUCUUGUUGUCGUUGUUAAGACUACUGUAGUUGCCAUGGUGACCAAGGCCUUUGGAUAUAGUGUCAGGACAUCAUUCGUUGUGGGCAUAUUGCUUGCUCAAAUUGGAGAAUUUGCAUUUGUGCUUUUAAGCCGUGCCUCAAAUGUUCAUCUUGUUGAGGGGAAAAUGUAUCUGCUGCUUCUGGGAACUACAGCUUUCAGCUUGGUAACAACUCCCCUCAUGUUCAAAUUGAUACCGGCUGUGAUGCAUCUUGGUGCCCUUAUGCACUGGUUUCCUUCAGAAAGCAAUACUCAGAAUGAGAUGAGUCCACGUGCUGUAAAGGAGAGGGCUGCCUUGAUUGAUUGAUGCACAUAACAGAGUGCUGUGACCUUGCAUAUCAUCUUUAUGUACCUGGUUAUAUGAUCGGUUUCUGGCUGAAUGAUGUCAAAGAUUUUCUGAGUUCCAAGAUUUGGCCAUGCUCCAGAACCCAAGCUAGAAGUUUCGGAUGACAUUAGCAGAUUCCAUUGUGCCACUAGAACUGGGUUAUGUGGUCGCAUGUAAAUUUAGCCUUUCCUUAUAUUGUAAAUAUGCUUAGUUUUCUUGUUUAUCCGGGAAAUAUUAAGUGUCCCACUAGUUGAUGAUGUUCGAGAAAUUACUCCAUGUAAUCUAACCAUUGACAUUAGCAACUGUAAGAAAACAGAAAAGUGAUUCAAUUGAUCA